AUGACAAUUUUCGAACCCCACGGCCACCCCUCAUGGCCUCUCACCCCUCCUAAUUCCUCCGAUCCACCAGCACCGAAAGACGUCUCGUCAGUGGUCACAGCAAUCCAUGUGAUCUCAACCGAGCGAGCAGCUCUCGCUCACCUCGAGCACAUUUACCAGACCGAUGCGCGAGCGCAGCAUGAUCUCGCCCGGGCCGUGGAUCAGAUUGCGCGGAGCGUGCGCGAGGGUGGGAAACUCGUCGUUUGCGGGGUCGGGAAAAGUGGAAAGGUCGGACGCAAAAUAGAGGCUACAAUGAAUAGUCUGGGUGUAUACAGCGCGUUCCUGCAUCCGACUGAAGCGUUGCAUGGCGAUCUGGGAUUGGUUCGGCCGAAUGAUACGAUUCUUCUUAUAUCCUUCUCGGGUCGCUCGCCUGAACUUUUAUCUCUGCUCCCGCAUCUUCCCGCUACUGUCCCGGUGAUCGCUCUUACAUCCCAUACACAUCCAGCGACAUGUCCGCUUCUGGCGUUGCAUGGUCCUGCGGGGAUGGGUAUUCUUUUACCGGCGCCGAUUCAUGAGGAUGAAGAGUCUUCUUUCGGUGUGAGCGCGCCCACCUCGUCCACGACGGUGGCUUUGUCGCUGGGCGAUGCGCUGGCCAUUGCUACUGCCCGGAAGCUGCACACUGCGACAGGGAAGAGCCCUGCAGAGGUAUUUCGGGGGUUCCAUCCUGGUGGUGCCAUUGGAGCGGCGGCGGCGGCAGAGACACCGCUGCCCACGCCGUCGAGUGGCAUGUCAGCGAGGACAUUUGACUCUCCAACGUCCAUGUCUCUUCCGUGGGAGGAAAUCACGAAUACUCCGUUGAUCCCUCCUUUCAAUUUACAGUCGCCACCGGAACAGCGCGUCAUUUCUCGAGAUAUGCUGGUCCCGCUCGAUAAAAUUCCCACUGUCUCUGCAUCUUCAUCGCAGUCAUCUGACGAUGUCCGACUUCUCGAUAUCCUUCUCACAGCCAUCCAACACCCCAAUGCCAAAUCAUGGGUGUUGCUGUCUCCGUCUGAAAUAAUUCCCCCGAGGCGCAUUCGUGCUCUCCUUUCUCCCGGUGGAGAUAUGGACAUGCGUGUGUCGGAGGUGAUAGCCAAGAACAGCAAUCCUCUAUUCGUUGUACCUCAAAAUAAGUGGCUAUUGGUGCCGGACGCAACGCCUCUCGCUGAAAUCCGGCGUAUUGUUUCUGAAUCUCGAAAUGGAUCAGAUCCAGUCUCUGUCAUUGCCGUUGUGAAGGAUAUGACCUCUCCCGGCAGUAUCAUAGGGGUGAUGGAGGUAGAGGAUCUAUCGGAUGGAUGA